AUGUCGACUCGUAGAAGUCUUCGUUCGCGCAGAGACGCCCAGCAGCAGUCUGAACCCGACACGCCAGAUGCCACGCCCUCGCGCAAGCGCAGGCGGGUGAGCAGCCCCAACACCACCAGUGUUGCGGCGAACUUGUACUCACUCGCACAGUUGAAUGGCGCCGCCCAAGAGCCGCCUGCUACGGCCGCCCCCGACCCGCCCCGUACCCGCAUCACAGAGUCCGUCGCUAGCAACGACUCCAACACGACACUGCCCAACGGUGGAGACGCAGAAAAUCCCAUGGACCCCAUAGAGCGCCAGAACAUCGUCAUCGCCGCCCUCCGCGUGCCCGGCUAUGUGCCCCACGCUGCCAUCGACUAUGCCAACGACCUGCAGUCGCAGCGCAACAAGGGCAAGAACAUUCCGGCCUUUGCCAAGAUUGCUGCCCGCGACUGGUGCUUCUUCGUUCAGGACACGCAAGUUAGAAUCGGCCGUGUAGACUCGAACACACGCUCCAACCAGCAGGGCUCUCAGGCCGACCUCUCUGGGUUGCCUCCAAGUGACCCCAACCGCCAGGACUGGGGCGUGCACAUUGACCUCGGACCUGAGCGCCAGAUAUCUCGCGUCCACGCCGAGAUCAACUUUGAGGUUGACGACCAGCAGUGGUACAUCACCGUGAACAGCCGCAACGGACUCAAGCUGGACGACCGCCAUCUCACCAGAGGAGACAAGGCACCCCUACACUCGGGUAUCUGUAUCAGCAUCAUGAGCACUCAGAUGCUGUUCCUUCUCGCCAACCAAGAGGACCACUUCCACCCCAUGCUGUGGCGUCAGGUUAAGAAUGAGGACGCCGCCGAGUCUGACAAUGACGGCAACCCGCCGCCAAAACCCCAUCAGCACGCGCAUCCCAGCGGACCGACGCCCAAACGCGACCAGUACGACCCGUUCCCACCGUCUUCGCACCCUCGCAACAAACACCAAUCGUCACAAGCAUACUACAACCAGAUGACAUCUACGCCUGGAUACCCACAACCCGGAACCCCCAUGACCUUCCGCGGCGAAAAGGACCCGCGCAGCAAAGGCUCACCCGCUACCUUCUCUCGAGCAGUUCUACUAGAAAACGGAGACGAUAUUGACUACAGCUUAGACUCAACCAAAGAAAUCAAGCCGCCUCACAGCUAUGCCCAGCUCAUCGGCCAAGCGAUCCUCAGUAGCGAGGAAGAGAUGCUCACGCUUGCCAACAUCUACGACUACAUCAAGUCCCGGUAUGCCUUCUUCCGCCACACAAACAGCGGCUGGCAGAACAGCAUUCGACACAAUCUGUCUCUCAACAAGUCGUUUGAAAAAGUUGCGCGCCGCACCGACGAGCCUGGCAAGGGUAUGAAGUGGAAGAUUGCAGAGUCAGAGAAGGAAGAGUUCAUCAAGAAGCAACUGCUUAACCCUCGCAAGGGCGGCGUGGCAAUCGGAUAUCGCAUAGACGGCUCAGGGCCUAGUUCGCCCGCGCUGGGCAAUCCAUCUCAAGCCACCGAGCGCCUUGUAGGUGCCUUGGAGCGCGACAACCGCCAAAGCCAAUACCCUCCUCGCGUCAAGUCGCCUCCACGGUCCGCUACGCCCCCGCUUUCGUCGGUCCCGAUGGCCACCGAAUCCUACACUCCAGACCGCGGCCCACGCCCAUUUGGAGGUUUCAAGCAAUCGCCGACUAUACGCGACCAGGAUCGGUUCGUCACUCCGGCGAAGCGCCUUGUUUAUGGAGCCAAUGACGGCCAGGAACCUACUCACAUCAAGCAGGACGAAUCUCGACUGGAAUCAUCACCCGGUGUGGACCCCGUUAAACAGAGUGUCCCUGGUAUGAAGACAGACGUCGGUAACUCACCACCAACCCUGUACUCGGACACCGGGUCGAACAACAUGAAUGGCAACUACGAUGCGAACCGAAUGAACAAUGCCCUCGUCACCCCACUUGUUUCCCGCCACGCACCCCGUCUCGCACCCCCCAGCACAGCUCAAAUGCCCAGCCAGUACAUGGCAUUCUCCAGUCCAGCACCUUUCUGGAAGUUCGUCGACCUCCCCAGCACACCUGCCAAAGCACCACUCGAGCUCAGCCCUAUCAAACUACAACGUCCAGAUUUCAAAGAUGGCGAUGACGACGACCACCCCAGCUCACCCCCUAUGUUGCCGUACAACAGCGCAGAGCCCGAAGACAAUGAGGAUCAAGACCAAGAUGCCGAGGAGAAAGGCGAAGAAGAGGAAGAUGCCGGCCCAGAGAGUCCAAGUCGUACCGUCUCCAGACCCGCCAGUCGGCAUAUUGGAAGCCAGCGUUCCCGGUCAAAUAGCAAUGUCAACGGGCUUGGAUUGGGUAUCGUGGGCAACGGAGGGAUGGUACGCGGUGCCAGCUUGACGAGCUUCGAGGAGGAGCCUGAGCCCGAGGAGGAAAGCUACGAUCUUUCAAAGGGCUUCCAGAAAAUCGGCUCCUUCCACCGCAGCAUGGCUCAAGCCCACGGCCUCGGCAGCAUCGGCAGUCGCGCUACCGCUACACCACCACCGCAUCCUCCCCAUCUCGCGCGCACCAGUGUCCCUGCAAACAUGUAG